AAAGGUAGAUCACAAAACGGACUAUUCUGUUUGGAAACAGCUCCUCACCACAUCGAUUCACAUCUGUUUUCUACCUGCUGGGACUGGACAAUGACAGAGGAAACAGAAGCAGGAGUUGACUGCUCUCCAACCUCUGGGUCUGAGCAACAGGCUCCGCAUUUUCUAGAAGAUGUCAUCUUCCACGGCAAGUUUAGGCUGUUGAAGGCUCUGACUCCAGAGGAGAACACCCACUGUCAGCACGGCCUCUACUUCAACGAUGGUCAACGGCGUGUCGACUAUGUCCUUACCUACCCUGUGAAGAAGCCAGGGGCAGGCCGCUCCAGCCGGCAGUCAACGUACCUGCUAACUGAAAAUGCAGUCGCCCGCAGCUUCCGCCGUGGCCCCCACAAACGCGACAGCAACGUGCAGCAUAACAGAGCGCAAAGGGUGAAAGACUCAACCUCCCUGCCGGCCUCCCCGGUGGCCGAUAUGGAGCUGGGCUGCCCGGAGGAGACCGUCAAUGGACAUGAGGAUCACAAGGUGUUCAGGAGGGAGGAGUUUGAGGGCAAACUGAGAGACAUGGGGCUGGAGCUGGAGAAGGAUGAGGAUACUAAGAUUGCAGGAGUUGGCUUUUUGAAGAUUCAUGCUCCCUGGAACAUUCUCUGUCGAGAGGCCGAGCUCAUGAAGCUAAAGAUGCCCACCAAGAAGGUGUAUGAAGUUAAAGAGUCAAGUGGUGUUAUGGAGAAGAUCAACUCCCUGGUCAGUAAAGUCUUGGAACCUCUCCACCCUCACGUUGAGGAGCACCAACCCAAGAACAUCAAACACCUGUCCCACACUUUCUCCAGGGAAAAACAACACCUGUUUGACCUCUCAGACAAAGAUUACUUCUUUGACAGCAAAACCAGAAGUUCAAUAGUCUAUGAAAUACUAAAAAGAACUAAAUGCAAGGCCAAGUACAGCAUGGGUAUCACCAGUCUCCUGGGUAGUGGUGUUUAUACUGCAGCUUACCCUCUUCAUGAUGGAGAUAUUAAUGAGAGUGCAGAGCCAAAUGACAGAAAGCUUUUGUACGAAGAGUGGGCAAACUACAGUGUCUUCUACAAAUACCAGCCUAUUGGACUUGUGCGGAAGUAUUUUGGUGAGAAGAUUGGUCUCUACUUUGCCUGGUUGGGUCUCUAUACCCAGAUGUUGAUUCCUGCCUCUCUGGUGGGCGUCAUUGUGUUUCUGUAUGGAUGUGCAACAGUGGAUGACAACAUACCAAGCAUGGAGAUCUGCCACCCAAAGAACAACAUCACCAUGUGUCCCCUGUGUGACCGAGUGUGCAGCUACUGGAAACUUAGUACCGCCUGUGCAACCGCUCGGGCCAGCCACCUGUUCGACAACCCUGCCACUGUUUUCUUUUCUAUAUUCAUGGCUCUGUGGGCUGCCAUGUUCAUGGAGAAUUGGAAGAGGAGGCAGAUGAGACUGAACUAUGAAUGGGACCUGACAGGGUUUGAAGAUGAGGAGCUGUGGUUGCCAGAACUUCACCGUAAAAAUACAGACCACCCCAGGGCCGAAUAUGAAUUCAGGGUCAUGCAGAAAUCUAUGAGCAAAGAUCAUUCACAGCAUAAGGUUGAAAAGCUCACAUGUCGAGACCGCUUCCCAGCCUACAUGACUAACGUUGUCAUGAUGCUGUUAAUGAUCGGUGUUACAUUUGCCAUUGUGUUUGGUGUGAUACUCUACCGGAUCUCCACAAAAGCAGCUCUUCAUAUGAGCGCCAAUCCGGUCACAAGGAGCCACGUACAACUAACGGUGAAAACCACUGCAGCCAUCAUUAACCUGGUGGUCAUCCUCAUAUUAGACGAGGUGUAUGGAGCUGUGGCACGAUGGCUCACUGUGUUAGAGGUUCCUAAAACAGACAAAAGUUUUGAGGAACGACUAAUCUUCAAGACCUUCAUUCUCAAGUUUGUCAACGCGUUCACCCCCAUCAUCUACAUUGCUUUCUUCAGGGGAAGACUAGUAGGCAGACCAGGCAGCUACCUCUAUGUGUUUGAAUCCUACAGAAUGGAAGAGUGUGCUCAUGGAGGCUGUCUCAUGGAGCUGUGUAUCCAGCUGAGUAUCACCAUGUUGGGAAAGCAGCUAAUUCAAAACAACCUUUUUGAAAUCGGAGUGCCCAAGCUGAAGAAGCUGAUUCGCUACAUUCGGUCAAAGCAGGGGGCUUUUCAAGAAGAAGAGAGACAGAAGAAGAUGCAGAGAUAUGAAACUGACCACUUCCUGGAACCAUUUGCUGGAUUAACACCUGAAUAUAUGGAAAUGAUCAUCCAGUUUGGUUUUGUCACACUGUUCGUGGCAUCCUUCCCCCUGGCUCCGCUCUUUGCUCUUCUCAACAACAUCAUUGAAAUACGACUCGAUGCCAAGAAAUUUGUGGCUGAGUUGCGAAGACCAGUGGCAGCAAGAGCCAAAGAUAUUGGUAUAUGGUACAACUUACUAAGAGGGGUAGCAAAUGUGGCCGUCAUCAUUAAUGCAUUUGUCAUCUCCUUCACUUCAGACUUCAUCCCUCGGAUGGUCUACCAGUACAUGUACAGCACUGAUGGCUCCAUGCAUGGAUUUGUCAACCAUACGCUGUCUUACUUUAAUGUCAGCCACUUCCAGGAAGGCAAAGAAGCCAUGGACCCAAUGCAACUUGGCUACCACGUUGACAUGUGCAGGUAUAAGGACUACAGAGAACCCCCUUGGUCAAAUACUCCAUAUGAGAUCUCAAAGGAAUUCUGGGCGGUACUGGCUGUCCGACUGGCAUUUGUCAUUGUUUUCCAGAACGUUGUGAUGGUGAUGAGCGAUGUUGUGGACUGGCUAAUCCCAGACAUCCCUAAAGAUAUCAGCCUCCAGAUCCACAAGGAGAAAAUUCUAUUGGUAGACCUCUUCAUGAAAGAAGAACAAGGCAAGACCCAUAUUCUUGAGAGUAGGCCAUCAACACGGGGUAAGGAGAACUGCAGAAGGAGCAACAACAACAACAACAACAACAACAACAACAGCAGCAGCUCAAUGGCUCACCCACAAUCAGGACUGCACACCAACAGCAGUAAAAACCUCUAAUGCUUACAAUUAACUCUCAUUUCACUGGAGUAGUUCUUUGUUACCAAGUCUUGGUUGGCAAGUCUUGCUAGCAGCAUACAAGCUCAGGCCAACCUUCACGUGUAUUUUUGUCCUUCUGAACAUUCCAACUAUUGCAAGAGCAGCUGGCUGAUAAGUGUGUGGAGAGUAAAGGUGGUUAUAAUAUAUAGGGCCAAAUAUGUUGCAGUGUUUGUUGAGAGUUGUGAACCUGUAUCUCUUUGUCAAUGUGUAGAAAAAUCUGUAAAUUCACACACUGAUUUGAGAAUGGGACAAAAUAAUCUCAGAUUUGUGUGCGCAAAUUUCUAAAUGUGCACCAGAUUUAUAUAUACGGUAUAUAUAGGAAUCUGAAAUAGUGUAAAAAAACUAAAACAUGUCCAAGCCACAGUUCAGUGCCUCCAAAUAAAAGUACAAGAUAAGGUUUUCUGUUGCUGGGUUAGGGUUAGGAAAAAGUAUUCAGGUCCUUUACUUAAGUAAAAGUAUGAAUACCACACUGUGAAAGUAGCCAACUACAAGUAAAAGUCCUGCAUUCAAAACUUAGUACAGUAAAAGUAUAAAAGUAUCAGGAUCAAAAUGUACUUAAAGCAUCAAAAGUAGAAGUACUUGUUAUGUUUUAUAUAUUCAAAAUAUAUAAUUGGAUUAGUUGUAUUGAUUUAUUUAUGCAUUUUAUUUUGUAAGGUUUGGGCUCAUUUUAACUACUUAAUUUACUGUUAUGAGGUAAUUUAAAAAAGGAAAUUAUUAUGUUUUAGUAAAAAGUACAAUAUUUGCCUCAAAAUGUAGUGGAGUAGAAGUAUAAAGUUACAUAAAAUCGAAAUACUCAAGUAUAUUUUUCUAUUAUUUGUACUUUACUUGAGUACAAUACUUGAAUAAAUGUACCUAGUUACAUUCCACCACUGCUGUUAACACGUUAAGUUACCCUUUACACUGUCUACGAGAACAUAUUUUGUUACUGUUACAAACGUCUACAUCGUCACAAACAUUACAUUACAGAGCUGUGGACACAUUCAUCUCUUUGAGCACACAUUUGGAAGAAGCAGUUUCACAACUCAAAACAUGUUGGCAGAUUAUUUUUGCUACAUAGUUAGCUCCACACAAAUGUGCAUUGCAAAUAUCAUAAAUACAUUCUGGCAGUGUGAUGUGUACAACGCAUAUGCACUUUUUCUUGAAUAGAUUGAAAAAUGUCCUGUUAUUGCAAACAUUGCAUCACAAUUUUUUAAUAUAUUUUAUUGUCAAGCUGUAAAGUGUACCUUUGUAUUAGUUAUCUCUAUUCUCAUAUGGUUGGUUUGCCUGCAGUGGUUGAAUGUAACUAAGUACAUUUAGUACUGUACUUAAGUACAAUUUUGAGUUACUUGUACUUUAAUUGAGUAUUUCCAUUUUAUGUUACUUUAUACUUCUACUUCACUACAUUUUUAGGUAAAUAUUGUACUUUUUACUCCGCUACAUUUAGCUGACAGCUUUAGUUACUUUUCAGUUUAAGAUUUAACAUAAAAACCUUGAUCAAUUUAAAGUGAUUACAAAAUUAAAACACUGCUUACAUAAUAUAUACAUAUUUUUAUAUAUACAUAUUUAGAAUAUAUAAAACAAUCUAAGUGGGUCCAUUCAACACAACAAGUACUUUUACUUUUGAUCCUUUAAGUACAUUUUGAUGCUGAUACUUUUGUACUUUUACUUCAGUAAGUUUUGAAUGCAGGACUUUUACUUGUAGUGGAGUAAUUUAACAGUGUAGUAUUAGAACUUUUAUUCAAGUUAGGAAUUUAAAUACUUUUUCCAUCAGUUUGCCUGCCACUAUAACUUAUUUUAGCUAACAUUGAAAAAGAAGACUUUACUCAGUAGAAAUGUUUAUAACUUCUUUUAAUUUUAAUUGCUAUGAAUGCUGAAUGAAUGCUAUAUGCUUAGAAUACAAUGUGCUUACAAUGAUGGUGUCCCUCCUGCUUAAUAAAAUGUUUUAAAAAAGAGGAGGAAAAUGUGAGUUUCCAUGUAUCCUCUGAAUAAACAUUGUAUUUUUUAUAGCACCUUUACUCAGGAAAGUAUUAUUACCUGCUUCAGUUAUUGUGGACCCACCACCAAUACACUGCUGUAACCUUUGAAUAAAACAAAAUCAAAAGAAUGCUUCCAAAUUGUUGCCGGUAGAAAUUAACCUAAAGUCAUCCAAUUGAAUGUACGAAAUGACUCUCUCAGCGCAUGGUAUAUUUUCUGUUUACUGAUUUACAGUCUUUUUAGAUUCAUGUAUGUCUUCAGCGAGAAAUAGUUUCAGCAUUCAUCUCUCACGUUAGUUUGUGUACAUUAAACU